UUAAGCCCAAUCCCGACCCUAACCCAAACCCAAACCAAGAGCGCAAAGUAUUAGCUUCUAUAGUUGACGUUUGUAAUCGUAGAAUCAAAUAUAUAUACACAUAUAUUUAAUCUGUAUUGAAAACUAGUUUGCUUACUUAUACCAUGAAUUUGAAAUAGCCUUAGGCUGUAUUAGAAGAGGGUUGUAUUCGUAGUCAUAGCAACAUCGUUUCGCAUAACAAAACAUAGUAAAGUAGCUAAAUUGUCAAUAAAAUAAUUUAAAAUAUGGAGGAACUGCAGAAGGCUGGACUUUAUAUAGACGAAAUUUACAGACUUCGAGUGCAAGAUCCGACAAUUGCCAAUGAGACAAUCGAGUUGCGGCAGCAGUGCUUGGAAUAUUCAAGGAACUUGCAACUUUUCAAAAAAUUCGGCGAGGAUUUCUACAAAAUAGCAUACAAUUUUUCAAAAGAUGUGGAGAGCGAGAAAUUGCGUGCCAUCGGCACACAAAAUCAGCUAAAGACAAUGGCCAAGCAGCGUCAGACGGAGCAGCAAGUGUACCAGAGUCAGAUUCUAGAACAAACUGUUGAGUUGGAGCGUCUGAAGAGCGAAUAUCAAUAUUUGCAGCGCAUCGAGUCUGAACAGCAGGAAAUCAUAAACAAUUUCUUAAUGAAUCAAUAA